CUGACGUUAAAUAUUGGUCGAUACUUGAUCUCAACUAUGUCACAAUCCCAGGAAAUGUAUCAUAAGCUGGACUCUACUUUGAAUCAAAUCCGUCUCGUUACCAUCGAACCUGGUAAAUGGACAGAUGACAUCCAGUGCACCCUCCGAGAAACUUCGCUAGCCGAUUCGGAACCCUAUGAGACGCUCUUCUAUGUCUGGGGAGACCACACGAAUACGAAGAAUAUCAUUGUGAACGGAAGUAACUUCAAAGCUACGGCAAACCUCGAAUCAGCCCUCCGUCAUCUACGCCGGGACACUCCACGGACUAUGUGGAUUGACGCGAUAUGCAUCAACCAGCGGGACCUGGAAGAGCGUGCUUCGCAAGUAAGCAUUAUGCGCGAUAUCUACCAAGGAAGUAAUGUGACAAUUAUAUGGCUUGGUGACGGGGACGAACGUGCCGAGUCAUUAUUUGGUCUCGCUCAACAGGUUUACGAUCAAAGUCCCAGUGACGGAGUAUCUGUUGAAGAGAGUUUGAUGCUCAUGCGGGAAUUGACAAACACCGAAGAUCAACGUCAGAGCUUGGAAUUCCUGGUCACGAACAUAUUGAGGCGACCCUGGUGGACCAGAGCAUGGGUGCUUCAAGAGGCCGUGGUAUCUGCAGAAUUACUAGUGAAAUGCGGAAAUCAUGAAGUUACAUGGUUGCCCCUGUGGUGGCUUGCCAAUAUUGUGUUCUUUUGCACGUGUACUUUCAAUUUCCUUGGCCGAAUCUCCACAAUAGGGCUUGAAGAAGUGGCUAAGAUCCAAGGAAUGAGAGAAGCGACCAAGAAAGGCCAUAUAAUAACCCUUGCGCAACUCGUUGCUUGGAAUAGACGGCAGCGGGCAACAGAUCCAAGGGACAAAAUAUUUAGCCUACUCGGCUUGGCACGCAGUGGGCCAGCGAAUCCUAUACAUCCUGACUAUUCGGUGAAUAACAUGAUACUUGAUGUGUGCCUUGGGCUUGUCGUGCAUUCUAUCAGGGAUUGGGGUAUGGAUAUAAUAUGCAUGAGCCAAGGAAGCGAGAAGCCUAGGUGGCCAUCUUGGGUACCUGACUGGGAAGUUUACUCGAGUGAAAGCUCCAACAUUGCGAGCCCCUUGGUUGGCUUGGUCGCAGGUGGACAGCAAUUCUUUAUCAAAAAAACUUGGAAUACCCACCCAUCCGACUAUGACGCAUCUCGGUCAAGGUCUCCUGAAUAUAGAUUGCUUCUCGACCCUGAUAAACACGGAGCAUGGUCUUCACCGAGACCCGAUCCGUGGGUGGCCCUCUUAACAUCGUAUUUUGAGACCACAACCCAUAUCCCGGAAAUCUCAAGCUGGAUAUAUGCACUUCACAAGUUUGGAGCUCUUACGAAAAGGGGGGAGCCGUUGUCGAAUGAAAAUCUACAUAAAAAAAGCUUUGUUUCAAUGUCGAUCAAGUUGACGAAAAACAUAAGGGAAUCAACAACUGGCCGUGACUAUGUCGGUGGGGGCUCGCUGGCCCAUGCAUACCUCCGAACAUUGAUCGCGGAUACAUUUGUCUUUGGCUACAGGACGGAGGGUAUGCAUGACCCCCUGUAUCUGGAUGAAUUCGUUGAAAGUCAAUCUGCACCAAGUGAUGAAGCCACUGAAGAGGACGAUAUUGGCUAUGUCCUUGACAAAGUGUUCUUAGAGGCAUACUGCCUUGGUGUGUCAAUGCUCCAUUCCGCUAUUGAGCGCGCAACCUCAUACCGUCGGCUGAUGAUCUCCUCAAAGGGUUACAUAGGCCUGGUGCCGCAAAAGACUCAGGAAGGAGAUUUCGUAUGUGUUCUGUUCGGUUGUUCUGUGCCUGUUAUUCUCCGCAAGCAAGGGUCUCACUAUAUCUUCAUUGGUGAGAGUUACGUGCAUGGCAUUAUGGACGGGGAGGCAAUCCAGAUGAUGAAUGAGGGACACCUAGUCGAAGAGGAGUUUACUUUGGUAUAA